GACGUCGAAGCUCGAUCGAGAUCCCUCGCUUCUAACCAGUCCUGUAACAGUGUCGCGCGUAAACAGGUAGCUUCCUUCGUCCACCUCGGACCCUCUGCGUUUAUUUAUUUAUUUAUGCACUUAUUUCAAUCGCGAGCAGAUUGAUCACGGGUGAAAUUAAAAAUCUGCAUACAAUCAAAAUUCCUCGAUCACGUGCUUGUUAAGAAUUUUUCAUAGAUCGUGGUGUCCAUUUUCGAAUCUUCUUCUCAAAUACUUGGUUAGCGCACAGAUGCUACCAAAAAUUUGUACUUCGACAACUGGACGCUCGACCGAUCCUAAGUGGAUAAACCAGUUUUGGAAUGAAGUUCUUCGGUCUUCGCGAUGGUACCAUUCAUUACGCGACACGCUAAAGUUGUCGCUUCGUAUUUGUCAAUUAGUGUAGCUCGUGGAACAUUGAAAUUCUUCGCUGCAUGUGCUAAUGCAACUCCACUUGUAAUUUUACCUAAGUAAUUUAACUUUUCCACGACUUUGUAAAUUUUUGCAACUUAUUCUUCUUCGAAUGGCUAAACGGCUUCGAACUCCCGUCGAGAGCCUAGAUUCGCGUCGGUGGUUCCUGGCCAGAGCCAGCCGCGCCGAGAUACCAUGAAAGAGCCAGUUGUUCACGAGGAAGUCGAAGGGGUUUCGUGGUCGACUAUUAGCGGCGAUCGCUUGUCCCAGUGAUCCUACAAGUUCGUGGAAUCCUGUAAAUACCCGAUUCACCCGGUAUCGUCGCCAUCUACCGGCCUCCUGUAAUUAAUUAUUCCUGGACAGACGCUGGGACAUUCAAAUUAACGGGGGAUGCCUUAAUCGCUUCGAAAUCACACCGUCCCAGAAAGUCAGCCCAUCUGUACCUGAAUCGAACGAAAACACAGAGAACGGUAGCUUCUUCCUGUUUGAACGUGAACUUUGAGAUCGAGACAUACAUCGCGCGACACGUAACGUGAAACUGGUCGUUGAAAAGAGCGCUCUCGUGCUGGGGUAACACAGGCAGGUUCGCUUGAACCUCGCGUAGCCCUCGAAGGCCUUCUUCUCGGGGGCGAAUGACACGUCGCGUCAGGUAUCGUUGCGUUUGUGCAAUCCUGUUCUUAAACGGAGUUAGUAAGGGAACUCCUUGAAGUGCAGAGACGGUACACCCCAAGUGAAAAGGAACGUGCGUGCUCAGCUAGGGGAACGAGGCGGAAGAUGUAGUUGAUUCACGUGGCGAACCGUGCGUUGCUCUGGAAACCGGCCAGCAGUAAAUGGCGCCAAAGGGCAAUCGACCAGUCCUGGAAACACGCAUUUGCACUCAGACCUCCGUCCUCUCGACGCCCUCUCAAAACCCUUUCGCAAAGGAUGACGCUGAUGAGCAUCGAUCAGCGACGUAUUUUGCAACGAUAAUUGCAGCACAGAUUGCCCCGGUCGCUGUACUUCUCAGCUCCGGAUCCAGUGUUCGACGAUGGAAGUCGUUACUAAUUAUAUAGCAAUCCGAACUCGAGUGGAGCAUCCGUAAAAAUUUUAGGCGUUUGGCGAUAAUAUCUCGAUUAUCGGCACCACUGAGACAAAAAUACAUGUAACACGUUUUGACGGAAAUUAAAUUUAAAUACCUUCUCGUUGAGCGCAGAUAUGCGAUGGAAUCGAUAGUAGUCGAGAUAUUGACGCGACCUGACUUGGAUACUCCGAGUCUUGUUUAUUCGUGCCCCAGAAAAUCAGAUGAAAAACGUUGCAUACGGCACGCUGGUAGUACCUUUGCACCUUCGGGAGAUGUGCUCGCUAAACUAAGCGAAAAAUCGACUAAGACGAGAACUGAAAGCUCGUCUAUCUCGGCAUUUAAUCGUUCCACGGUUCCUAAAAAUAUUCGACACGAUUCGGUGAAUAAUUAGUGCACCGCGAAGCUGGUGUACAUUUUUUAUUCGACGCGCUGUAAGAGGAAGCGCGAAAAUAAUCUUUGUCCUCGUAUGGCAUUUCCUGUUUGAGACGGUGUCAGUUCGACUAUUCAAUAAUAGAAGACAUCGCUCCAUUUAAGAAUUCCCAAAGUGUUUCGAGGCUUUCGAGUUCGCCAGCCCCUGAGGGAAAGCGUUCGUGAAGGUGUUCAGGUCGAAGAAGUCAAAGAGACACUUGGGAUUUAAUUGUAUCUCGCCGAGGCAGCUCGUAUACGUACGACGAUUAUGAAUGAAGUGUCACGUUCCAGUCUGAAAAUAGUUCCUGCGAUCGACCGUUUUAGUCCGCCACAGAAUUAGCCAGACUUUCCUUCAAUUCGCAAUAGCUGCGACAGGAAGCUUUUAAUAUCGAGGUAGCGAAUACAACCGAAAACUGGCAAGAUUGCACAAACGCAAAGACAUCUAAUGAGCAAUUUUCAUUUACGAUCUCGAUCAGGGAUCCAGAAAUUUUGAUUUCGGACCCCGAGAAAGCCUGUUUGAAGGUCAAGAGGCAGAAUUUCGCGAAUCUAUCUCUGUCGAUCUCCUAUUCCCCGCAGCGGCGUGUUCAGCAUGUCUGCUCGCUUGACGGAUCGCAGAGUGUUUUGAUCCGCGGCCAAAUUGCGCCAUUCGAUCUUCACUUGCCACGAAUCUGCGAAUUCAGCCAUCCGAGGUCCGACCGUGUUCUGAAUUCAGUUUCCGUCUCAGAGCGUCCAUUGAACUAGGACGCGGCGACAGUUCACGCGCGCGAAACUUUGGACGUUGAAGACGUUUAACCGACCGCGUCGAAUCGACUCCGAAGGGGAUCAGAGUCCGGCGAUUUGUGGCGUGCUCGGUUAGCCAUGCGAGGAUCGCGACUUUCCGCGUGAAAUAAUACCGAUCCAGCGAGAUCCGCUGGCGAGAUGGAGCGUGCCGUUUCGACGAGCGACGAUCGCGCGAAGAGGCUGUCGACGAUCACCGAAUACUCCGAGCCUGCGAUCGACAGCGACAACAGCGAUCCUGAAGAGGACCGCGGGAACCCAAAGAGCGAGGAUGAGAUGCCGCCGUUAAAGUACUUCCUCGUCGACGACUCGCCCAUGGCGAAAUUCAGCCGCAGCAUCAAAUGGAUCUACAAGAAAUUACCAGUGGGCGGGGGUGGUGCUGUGCUGGUGCUCAGCGAGCUUGAAAGCAUGGCGGCCAGACAACAGCGGGAAAUCGCCCAGCAGAGGCGCCUCCUGGAGCAGAGAGAGGCCCGUCUAGCCGUGCUUCGAGGCGCACAGGAGCCAGCACAGCAGGACAAACUCGCCAGAUUAAGGCACAGGCUAGACCAACAACAGAGCAAGCUGAAUCGGCUGCGAUUGCUUCGAUCGCAGACCGACCAGUCACGCGCCAACAACGCCACGCUGACGUCGGACCUGGACUGCAUACGAGCGCUGUUCAACGAGAAGGAGAAGGAACUCUCGUUGGCCGUGGCAAAGGUCGAGGAGCUGACGAGGCAGCUGGAGGAGCUACGAGGUCGACAGAACGCAGCGGGCACUGGAGCUGGAAAUGGAGGCGCUGGAGGCGUCGGCGGUGGCGGCGUCGGCGGUGCUGGCAGCGGUCACUUGUCGACGCCAGCCAGCGCCGAGCUCGAAAAGCUCAGGAGGGAGCUUAUGUACCGUAACAAGAUGAACGAGCAGCAGAACCAAGUGGUGUCCCAGCAACGGUUGGCCCUGGCUCAGCGACAGGCGGAAAUGGCGUCGAUCGACGCGAGGAUAGCUCAGCUUCAGGGUCGUCUUCAGCGCAAGAGAGCCUUGAACCAACGGCUGAGUCAACAGCUAGGCUCUGGGAACCGCACCAACGCCAACACGGGAUUCACGGAGUCGAAACUGGACUUCAACGCUGGAGGAAAGUCUAGACCUGCUGGGAACAUAGCUGCGAUCGAGCCCUACUCCCACAUACCGAACGACAACGACUUCAAUCUGAAUAAGAACGAUCCGAAGUAUCAGACGCUGCCGUACAACACCAAAUUCACGGUGAACUUCAAGGCUGCCGAAGACGACGUCAACAAAAACAAGAUCCAGCACUCGGCCAGCGCUUCCCAGCUGGGUCAGAGGGCGGCCUUCCAGCAAUUUGGGCAUCAGAUCGCCCAUAGCCAAUCCCAAUCGCAUAUCCAAGGUCAAUCGCAGCUACUGGGUACCAACCAGCAGCAGCACAACCAAAACAUCGCUAGCAUGCAGAUGAAUACUCAGCAGACGUGCAAUAACAACAACAAUAAUAACAAUAGCACGAACAAUAACCUGAUCAGUCCUGUUCACAGCUUCAGCCCGGAAGGACUGUCGCAGAAUCUCCGAAUUCACCAUCAACAGCAACCUCAAACGCAGCAGCAGCAGCAGCAGCAGCAACAACAGCAUGGAACGGGCCAGCAAAAGCAGCACAACAUUGGCUCCUCGGCGUCUAGCCUAGGAACGACGAUCUCCAUCACGCAAACCCAAAACCAUCGAAACCUCCAAACUCAUCAGAAGCCGGUGUCCAGCGUAGCGCCAAGUUUCUCCGUGAAAUCUCAAAUCUAUCAAACAUCCUCCACGAAGAUCCAUCCGGUGAUGCCUCAGACCUUGAGCUUGAUAGGUCGCGGACACGCAAACGCGCAGAAUUUCGUCGGUCUGAACACCCAGAACCAACAGCAAACGAAUCAAUCGGUGCCUAGCAAUCAGACCAAUCAGGAACAAACGUACACGUCGAGGCACAACUACCCAGGCAUCCAGCAGCAUUCCAUCCAGGCCAACAGCCACGUGUCCUCGUCCUAUCAGUCUCAGCACUCCCCUAACCUGCCAACGACCAUUCACACUUCUUCGUCCAGCGGGCCUAACUUCGGCGGCUCUGUUCAGAGGUACAACCAAAUCCAACCGUUGACGAGCUCGUCGUCCAACAACGAGCAGAACGAAAAGAUGAAGUUUGACUCGGUGAAAGGCCAAGAGAAGUUUGAGCACGCGUUGUCAGCCAAGCACGAGCAACAGAGGUACGAGUCCAAUCCUGUGCUCAAGUACGAUCCCCACCAGAUCAAGUACGAGCAUCCCAAGUACGAGCACAACAAGUACGAGCAGAGCAGCCAAUCCACCAAGCUUUACGAACCGUCGAGCAAACACGAUCAACCUCCCGGCAAUCAGACCAAGUACGACAACGCGCCUAAGCUCGAACAAGGGAAGUACGAGACUGGUGGCCAGACCAAGCACGAGCAGCAGCAUCACGGGCCUAAGUAUGACCCCAACCAAAACACUCAGCAGUAUGGCAAACACGAUCAGCACGAGGUGAGGCCGUCGGUCAAGUACGAGUUGAACACGGCAUUCAAGCACGAACCUCCCAACAAGUACGAACCUGGCGGGCAACAGUUCAAGCAGGAGCCAGUCAAGUUCGAGAACAAUAAGUACGAGCAGAGCUCGACGACCAAGCACGACCACAAUGGCAAGUUCGAGAUCCCAACGAAGACGCCUGAUAAACCAUUCGAGUUCGAGAGGCUGAAGAACGAGAACGAGAGAAAGAGUCUAGGCGAGGAUAAGACAAAGCCGGCGUUGCCACCGAAACCUAGCAAGCCCAAUCCUCCGCCGAGACUCACGCAUCACGAGAAGGUGGACACCAUCGCGGAUGGGGGUGGCGAUUGCAAGAAUAAUAUAGCACUGAGCCCAAGGACAGAGAAGGAAGAGGACUUGCCACCGAUUCCCACGUCAGAGCCACCGGAGUCUCCCACGGAAACGCAAUUCGGCAACCAUCAAAUCAUCAAGGCUCGGCCUCUGACCCUGAAGAAGGCGCCCAUUUCCGAGCAGCCGAAGCUUCGUUACGCUAAAUCCAAUGUUCACGUAUCGAUAAACAGACGAAUUGAAAUGCCACCGGCGUUCCUGUUCCCGGAGACCGAGAUUCCAGCUGACUUGAUGCAAACGGAGCAACAACAACAGCAGCAACAGCAGCAGCAGAUCAUCGAUACAACGGACAAUUGCAAGAAGAGCAACCCGAUCGAGGACGUGAUCAGCAAUGAGAAGCUGGAGGAGUCGGACAUCAUCGACGCUCUGAACGUGAUCAACAUCGAGGACAAGGCGAAGGCGCAGAAGGACUGCGACAGAAGAACGGAACUGGACCUGGACGGAAAGAGCAACGAUGUGAUGAGGAGGAAGAAGGGGAACCUGAAAUCCAGCACCGGAAAGGCGAAUCUCUCGAGGAGGGUAUCCUUUGAUCCUCUGGCUCUCCUCCUGGACGCUAGUCUCGAGGGUGAACUCGAGCUGGUGAAGAAGACUGCCAAAGAAGUGGCCAAUCCUAGCUCAGCCAAUGACGAAGGCAUCACCGCCCUGCACAACGCCAUUUGCGCCGGUCACCUGGAGAUCGUCAAGUUCCUUGUCGAGUUUGGCUGCGACGUCAACGCGCAGGACAGUGACGGAUGGACUCCGUUACAUUGCGCCGCUAGCUGCAACAACCUGUCGAUGGUUAGGUUUCUAGUGGAGCAUGGAGCCUGUAUCUUCGCCACCACCCUUUCUGACCACGAAACCGCGGCGGAGAAGUGCGAGGAGGAUGAAGAGGGCUUUGAUGGCUGCUCGGAAUACUUGUAUAGUGUUCAGGAGAAGCUCGGUAUAAUGAACAACGGUCAGGUCUACGCCGUGUUUGACUACGAGGCGCAACACAGCGACGAGCUGACGUUGAAGAACGGUGACUCCCUGGUUGUGCUUCGUAAGGGCGACGACAACGAGAGGGAGUGGUGGUGGAGCAAACUGGGACACAAGGAAGGCUACGUGCCACGGAAUUUACUUGGCUUGUAUCCAAGGGUGCAGCCAUCGAAGGUGGACUGAAGGGACGCGUCUCGCCCCACAAACCUGUACUAAUCCGAUGAUUCAUCAUUACCACAGUAUUCGAUUCGCAGCUUUAUCUCGUUAAGUAUCAUAGUUGCAUCGUCGUCACAUUACCAAUGUUAUCUUAUUUAAUCGCGUCCCAUUGUCAUCCGUAAGAAGCGAGUGAAGGAGUUCUUAUAUAGUUUACUUGUCUCUUUUUUUUUUAUAUAUAUAUUUUCUAAGACGAAAGCCGGUAAUUGCUAAUAGACCCGGAUCGAAAGGUCGCUUCCGUAAGUUAAUGUCGUUGAAGAGAGGAGCGAGGGUGUCGACUCGUUGUUUCUCGAUCGAUAGAAAAUCAUCUUCAACGACGAGAACACGCGCUCGCCGAACGUGUAGGAAAAUCGAAUAACGAUACGAUUAAACACAGUGUAACGAACAAUUAGGAUGUGAUUAGUUAGCUCCAGGAACAGUAGCAUCGACCGAAGAAACGGCAUCACAAAAUUGACCUUUUCACUGUGGCGCCCUUCGAGUUACCCCACCAUAAAUAUCUAAAAUACGCAAAACCGUUGCACUAAGCGUAUACAUACGUCGAUGGAAAGGUUAAGCAUCACGCACACAAUUUCGUUACAUUCGGUUUGGUUUAUUUAUUCGCACAAAAGAAAAAUGCAAAAAUAACAAAAUAUGUUUAAAAUUUGUAAUAUUUUUUGAGAUAUUCUAAUGAAUACCUACCGUUUAACUUUUACCAGUCCAAUUUACAGUGUGCUUAUUCACUGUUCAACGUCUCAUAAGAAUUGUUCGCAUUCGUAGCCUGCACGUUAGUCAGUUCCUUCAACGAAACAGUACAAAAGAAAAAUUUCAAUUUCGCUCCCCGUAAUUACGCUCUUAGGUCGACGACUUGCGUAAGUUCAGAGUCGAAACGUUUACAUUUAAUAUACGUCUCUCGAAGCAGAAUUCGCGUCGUGGUGGAGAUGACUUUUAAAAGCUUCUCUUUGCAUUCUGUUCUUCGCGAACUCGGUGGAAAAAUAGUCUGCCGAAUGUCGAUGUACUGGCUCUACCAUUAAUCCUAUGCGAUCCUAUGUUGUAUGAGGCUCGACAAAAAUUUCUUUCAAUCAACACCUCCGAGGAACAAAUUUUUAUUUACACGCGACCAUGCGAACGUCUCGUUGCAAACAACACGAUAUAUAUGUAUAGGGGUACUUAAUGUUUGAUUUGUUUCACCUAAAUGGUACUAUUUAGGUGAAGUCAGAUUAUUGUUACGUUUUUAUUCGUCAGCAGCGAAAUUUUCCAAAUCCGAUAGACACGGCUUCGGAUUUCGAAAAUGUUCCUAAGGAAGUAUAAUGUAAUCUUGCCAAUACGCACUUCGAAUGAUCUGUAACGAAAAUAAGCGUGCGAAUGGAGAAGUCCCAGGAGCCUUGAUGACAUUUCUUUUUUUCGUUUUUAUAUGUAUCGCCAGCACCGGCUUCCUGGUAUCUCCGAUAAUCGACUUAACACUUGCCUAGACUUGUAUAAUUGAUAAUUAUCACCUAGGUCAGAUUCGAAUGUCCAGACGUCAGAAAGGUUCUGAGCACAUUUUGUUGUACUGUUUAGAGAUAUGUACAGUAGUACGUGAAAGAAUUACAAACGCUCUCAGAAAAUUUCUGACGUGUUUAACUCGUAAAUGAAGUAUGUGCCUUUCAGAAGUAAUAAGGGAUAUAUUAUGUAAGAAUGCAUGAUAUAUUAUGACGAAUAAAUUGUUUUCAAUAGAAAA